AGUAACGUUAUAUAUAUGGUGAGUUGAAGGAUUAUUAAAAAAAAAAAUGGCGGAGAGAUCUGGGUAUGAGAUAUUGGUGUUGUUUGCGUUAGUGAUAUGUGGGACUUGGGGGGUGCAUCAUUAUCAGUUUAAGGUUCUGCCGGAGGCCCUGAGCCCGGAGGAUGCCGGCGACACAGGCUUCUCUGAGGAGGCCGCCUUGGCCCAUAAUAAGGCAUUGAGUUCACUCGGCCCCCAUCCUCUCCCCUCCGCCGUUCUCGACUCUGCCCUCCAGUAUGUGUUGAACGCAGCAACAACUAUUAAGGAAGAGGCAUACGAGGAUGUAAACGUGGAAGUGGAAUGUUUUCAUGCAAACACCGGUGUUAAUACUCUCUCCGGCGGAUCAUAUUAUGGGAAAACCCUGGUUUACUCGGAUAUGAAGCAUGUUCUAAUCAGAAUAUCAUCAAAAUCUGCAGCAAGUAAACUAAGAUCAGGCGAGGAGGACAAUGCUAUUCUUGUUUCUGCCCAUGUCGAUACGGUUUUCGCAGCGGAAGGAGCUGGGGAUGAUAGUUCUAAUGUUGCUGUUAUGUUGGAGCUUGCUCGUGGGCUUUCUAAGCAGGCCAAUGACUUCAAGAAUUCUGUCAUCUUUUUUUUUAAUACUGGGGAGGAAGAAGGCUUGAAUGGUGCUCAUAGCUUUGUAACUCAGCACCCUUGGAUUAAUACUGUCAGAGUGGCUGUUGACUUGGAAGCCAUGGGUAUUGGUGGGAAGUCCGGAAUAUUUCAGGCUGGUCCUGAUCCAUGGGCGGUUAAGAAUUUUGCUAAAGUGGCAAAACGUCCAUCUGCCCAGAUUGUGUCACAGGAUUUGUUUGCUUCCGGGGUAAUAAAAUCUUCAACUGAUUUUCAAGUGUAUAAAGAGGUUGCUGGUCUGUCCGGUCUGGACUUUGCAUUUACAGACCAAACAGCUGUCUACCACACCAAGAAUGACAAGCAUGAGCUUUUGAAACCCGGUUCGCUUCAGCAUCUGGGUGACAAUAUGCUUCCAUUCCUGCUUCACGUUGCAACAUCAACUGAUUUUCCAACAGGGAAGAACAAUCUAUCCCAAGGAAAUUCUGAGGAAAUAGUGGAUACAGUUGUAUACUUCGACAUUCUGGGAAAAUUCAUGGUUGUAUACCCACAAAGUUUAGCUGAUAUGAUCAACACAUCAGUGAUAGCAUUAGCCCUUUUCGUGUGGUCUUCAGUGCUAAAGAUGGGAGGGCUUUCAUCUCUAGUUUCACUGGCACUUUCAGUUUUGAGCAUUCUACUCAUGUGGAUAUGCUCUCUCGGGCUCUCCGUCCUGGUUGCUUAUGUCCUUCCAAGUAUAUCAGCAUCCCCGGUUCCCUUCAUUGCGAGUCCAUGGCUCGUGAUUGGCCUGUUUGCAGCGCCUGCUCUUCUAGGGGCCUUCGUCGGUCAACACGUGGUGUAUCUCGUUCUUCACAAGUUCUUGUCAUACACAUUCUCAGAAACCAAGGGGUUUUUGCCUCUUUCUUUUCGAGGAGACGAGGAAGAUGUGGCUGUGUUAGAGUCUGAAAAAUGGAUGUUUAAAGCUGGUAUGUUGCAGUGGCUGCUUGUCCUGGCUGUCGGGAAUCAUCUCAACGUUGGCUCGUCUUAUUUCGCCUUGUUUUGGAUGGUCUCCCCUGCAGUUGCUUAUUUCCUGUUUGAAGUACUGGCGGAGUCACCCAAGCCACUCAACCCACUAACUGCGGCCAUAGGAUUGGCUGCUCCAUUAGUAGUUUCUUCGGGUGUGUUUGUUACGCUGGUGAAUACACUCAUUGGGAAUUUAGUUCGGUUUGUAAGUAAUCCUGGAGCCCAGGCAGACUGGAUAGCUACUGCAAUUGUUGCUGCACUUAUUGCAGCUCUAGUAUGCUUGACAAUGGUUUAUGUUCUUCCAUACAUUCACAAUUCAGGUGCUAAAUACAAAUUUAUAGCCACUACCUGUAUCGUGUUCCUCGUCUCGCUUGGCAUGGUGGUGGAGAACAUGGUUCCAACCUUCAUCGACGACACUGCAAGAGCUGUAAAUAUUGUGCAAGUGGUGAAUACUACAGGGGAGGGUAUGGUGACACACAUAUCUCUGUUUUCGACGACUCCGGGAGGGUUGGAGGUGGAGGCUGAAAAGCUUGGAGGAGGAUUGGUUUGCGGCAGAGAGAAGGCGUUUGAUUUUGUAACAUUCACUGCCUAUUAUAGCUGCUGGAGUGCUGAACAUGGGUGGAGCAAUAAUGCCCAGAUUCCUGCGCUUCGUGUUGCCAGUGAUUCGCACGGAAAUGGUGACGACAUAUCUACUUUAGUCAAUAUCAAUACAGAACAUUCCACUCGCUGGUGCCUCAGCAUUAACACAAAUGAAAUCCAAGACUUCCAGCUCCAUGAUGAAAGUGGGGAGUUGGUUUCGCGCGGCGACAAGAACAGCGUGAAUGGUUGGCACCUUAUGCAAUUCGCAGGAGGGAAGAAUUCACCAACCAAGUUCGACUUGACUCUCCACUGGCACAAAAAUAGCUCUGGGAAAAGGAUAGUGAAGGGAUCUGAAGGUGGUGAAGUGCUGCUGAAACUGAGAGCAGAUGUAAAUGCAACAACUCCAGAACUGGAUAAAAUACUGGAGAAGAUGCCUUCUUGGAUUUCUCAGUAUGGGAAGUCAACUUCACCCUAUACCUUUGCUUACUUCGAUACUAUGUAUGUUGCAGACUCUUCUCUAACAAUGGGCACUUCAGUUUCUGUGGCAAGUGAUGAGUAGAAGUAUCUAUCACCCUAUGGGUUGUAAUAAAUUUCUACUACAAAUAAUGAAAACAAUCUUGUAAUUUAGCCGUA